AUGGCUGGCUUGUCAUCUCCGGUUCAAACAAAGGCCGAUGCGUCAAAACAAGCAUCUGUUAUCACCCAAGUGCAAGACAGCGAUGAACCCCAUCGUGAUAUUUCUGGUGACGUGAUCGAGGAUGGCCUACGAAGAGGGCUUAAGGGUCGUCAAUUUAUGAUCAUUGCCCUAGGGAGUAUUAUCGGACCAGGUUGCUUUUAUGGCUUAGGCUAUGGAAUCUACGAAGCUGGCCCAUUGGGGCUCUUGAUUGGAUUUUCUAUUGUGGGAGCCUCGGUGUGGAUUUUGAUGCAAAGUGUUGGAGAGAUUGCUACACUUUUUCCAGUUCAUGGUGGCUUUGUUGAGCACUGUGAUCGAUUCGUGGAUCCAGCCUUCAGCUUUGCCGUAUCUUGGCUUUAUUAUUUCAUGUGGAGUAUUUUAACAACCCUUGGGGUGAAUUUCUAUGGAGAGACUGAAUACUAUUUCGGCAUGUUCAAGUUCCUGUCGCUGAUCGUGCUGUUCUUCAUUUCGAUUCUUGCCGAUACUGGUGCGUUCGGGAAUGGGUAUGUCGGAUUCACAUACUGGAAAGAACCUUAUGGUCCAAUCCGAAAUGGAAUCAACGGAUUCGGCCAAGUAUUUGUUCUGGCCGCCGCAUACUAUGUUGGAACUGAAAUUGUUUCUGUCGCCGCGGGCGAGUCUAGAAACCCUCAACGCGAUGUUCCUCGUGUGAGUAUAUCGGGUGAAAAUGUGGCCUUUAGCGCCACCAAUUCUAUCCUCUACCGUAUCCUGUUCGUCUUCAUUGGCCUGAUCUGUCCCUCAACAUCGGAUGAUCUGGUGCAUCCAGCCUCUAAAACGGCAUCGUCUCCGUUCACUAUUGGCUUUAUACUUGCUGGAUGGAAGUCCUCCGGACAUUUUGUCAACUCCAUCAUCCUCAUUGCCUUCAUUUCCGCUGCGAAUGGAGUUAUUUACAUCCAAUCACGAACGCUCUACUCUCUCGCUUUGAAACGAAAAGCGCCCUCAUUCUUCGCAAUAACAAAUGCUAGGGGAGUCCUAUACCCGGCAAUCAUCUUCUCAAAUAUGUGGGGCUUCUUAGGUCUGAUGUCCUUGCAAACAACAGCUGGGAGCCUCUUUUCCUAUUUCACCUCCUUUGGCGGGACAGCAGCUUAUAUUGCUUGGGCUGCUAUCACAUUUGUCCAGCUUAGGGUUCGCGCUGCCGCAAAGAAGCAAGGUAUUGACGUUAAAUCAUUCCCUUUCAAAGCGCCGGGUCACAUUUUGAUCUACUGGAGCAACUUCUUUUUCAAUAUUUUCCUGCUCUUGAUUCAAGGUUUCACGGUAUUCGAGGCGCCUUUCAACUAUAAGUCGUUUAUCGCUUCAUAUAUUAGCAUUCCGGUGUUUUUCCUGAUGUUCGUUGGGUACAAAUGGUGGUUCAAGAGGUAUCAUUGGAUCAAAUUCACUUCCCUGAUAGACUAA